AUGAGCUCCAGGAGAUUGACCAGGAGACAAUUGAUUCUGGAUGAUGAUGAAAAUGAAGAUACAAUUUACAGUUUCAAGGUCCUUUUACCUAACCGCACUAGUGUGGACCUCACACUUAGUAACCCAGGACGUGAGAUGCCAAUGGAGGCUUUUGUCAACCUGGUCAAGGAGGGGUACGAUAAAUCACGGAAAGAGUGCGUGUUGAUGAGUAAGAGGACGAGGGUUGACUGGAACUUGGGCGGAAAGUUUAUAGUAGAAUCAGAUAGUGAAAAGAUGAAAGGAAUGGUUCGCUUUGCUGCAUUUAAGCCCAAUUUGUGCCAUAUUAUACGUCUUGAUGACGGUUCUGGUAUAACUUCCACCAUGUAUGAGAACUUAUGGGAUUUGACACCAGAUACCGACCUGCUAAAAGAACUACCUGAAAAUUAUAGCUUUGAGACAGCUCUUGCGGAUCUCAUAGACAAUUCCUUGCAAGCUGUAUGGCAUUGUUCUCAAGGAGAUCGAAGACUUGUUAGUGUGGAUGUUUCUGGUGAUCGGAUUUCAGUCUUUGAUACUGGGAGUGGAAUGGAUAGUAGUGAGAAAAAUUCAAUUGAUAAAUGGGGAAAAAUAGGGGCCUCAUUACAUAGAUCUCAAAAAACCCGUGGUAUUGGAGGCAAUCCACCAUACCUUAAGCCAUUCUUUGGGAUGUUUGGAUAUGGAGGUCCUUAUGCUUGUAUGUUCUUGGGAAGGCGUACUUUGGUGUCUUCUAAGACGAAAGAGUCCAAAAAAGUAUUUACUUUGCAAUUCGAGAAAGAAGCCUUGAUUGACAAUCGGUCAAUCUCGGGAAAACACUGGAAGACUGCUGGAGGCAUGAGGGACCCCUCGGAGGAGGAAAUUAAGUUAUCACCUCAUGGAAGUUUCACAAAGGUUGAGAUAUUUGAAUCAGAAUUUGAUAUCUCAAAAAUAUAUCAACUCCAGUGCAGGCUUAAAGAUAUUUACUUUCCUUACAUCCAGUGUGAUGAACUCUCCAAAAAUGGGAGGACUGAAAGGCCUGUAGAGUUUCAGGUCAAUGGAGAAGACUUAGCUGAGAUAGCAGGUGGAGAGGUAGCCAUUACCAACCUAAAUUCCAAGGGUGAAGAAUUUUCGUUUCAGAUUCGGUUCACUUUUACUGGUGAGAAAAGAGAAGGGACACCCCAAGAGGCAAAUGCUCGCCUUAAGUUUGUGUAUUUUCCAAUCGUCCAGGGAAAAGAAAGCAUUGAGAAAAUUUUGGAGAGCUUAGAGGAGGAAGGAUGCAAAGUUUCCGAAAGCUUCCAGUCUUUUGGUCGUGUUUCAAUAAGAAGGCUCGGUCGUUUACUUCCAGAAGUCCGUUGGGAUUCAAUACCGUUUAUGAAAAGAGGAAACAUUGCAUCUACUUUGCAGAAGGGUUGCCAAAGAGUAAAGUGCUUUGUCGAUUUGGAUGCUGGUUUUAGCCCAACGCCCUCCAAAACCGACCUUGCAAGCCAAAAUCCUUUCUCAGUGGCUCUAAGAAAUUUUGGUAGUAAGGAGAAGGAUAAUGAUGUCAAAAUUGUGGUUCAUAGAGAAGGAAAACCACUAGUACAAACGCAACUGGAGCAGAAAUAUCAGGAUUGGGUUAUGAAGAUGCAUGAUACCCAUGAUGAAGAAGCUACAUUGGGUGAAGAUGAACCUAUUCUCAUUGUUGGAUCCUUGGAUAAAAAGGCUCUUGGAAUAUUGCGUGAUGCUGUGAGGGUGCACAAGGUAGUUACAAGAAAAGGAAUGUUGUGGAAACGUGGUCAGAAGAUAAAGAUUCUGAAAGGAGCUUGUGCUGGGGUUCACAAUAACAAUGUCUACGCUACCAUAGACUAUUUCUUAAUAGAGGGGUUCGAGGAUGAAGCAGGCGGUGAUACUCGGAUUUUAUGCAGGCCUAUAAAUCACCCUGAGAAAGAGAGAUGCACGCUUUCAAUCAUCGAUGGCAUUUCGACACUGGAACUUCGGAGUUCUUUAUCUUUACCGAUCACUAUCAUUGAUUCUGGAAAGUGCGAACAUGUAGAUGCGGAAGAAUGGGCUAGAAAACUUGAGCAGCAACAGGAAAAGGCACCGUCAAAAAUUGAUUUGCUGGAUGAGAGAGAUUGCAGAGAAUUGAACAUUGAUGGGAAGUUACCUGUUGGUGAUUCUGUGCGUGCUGGUCGGACUCCCCCGCAACAGAUUGUUGCAGUUGUCCGACCUGCAUGCUUCACAUCUUCAACACCGUCAAAGAAGUUGGACCAGAAACAUAUUGUUAAGAUGACUGAGGAAGAAAUGGUCAUGGUAGUAAAAUUGCUAGACACGAAUAUGAAAUCGAGCGAUAAGAAUGUCAAACCUGUGUGUUCACAGCGCUUGUUUCCUACAUCCCGUAAAGGGAUUAAUGGUCUUUACAUCUUUGCACUUGGGUCCAAGUUUCCAAACCUUUUCAAGAAAGCUGGCACUUACAACUUUUAUUUCUCUAUUGGAGACUCGAUUAAGUGCAAAAAAAGGGUGGUAGUUAGACCUUCUUCAAAGGCAGCUAGGUGGAAACUUGACGAUAAUCUGGAGUCCCUGCCGUUCAAUGUCAGGGUGGGUUCUUCUCUUCCACCUUUCCACAUUGCUUGCUUUGAUGAGUAUGAAAACCGGGUACUGUUCAAUUAUGUUCCAAGCCUGGAAGUUGAAUUGGAAGCUAACCCUGGAUUCCAAGUCAAGAUUGAUAAAUUUGAGGCCAGCCUGAAAGAUGGUGGAUCAGUUCUCGAAGUUGAGAAUAUGCUUGUUGAGACUGAUGAGUUAGACCAGAUCAGACCAAAUUAUGAAGCAACCUUAGAGAUACACGCAAAGGACAAACCUUUUUCUGUCUCGGUUGCUUGUAAAGUGAAUCCCGGGCCUGUGGAACGUGUUGCAGUGAAUAAUCCGAAGGCUUUGGAAAAUCUGCUUCCAGGUUCUACUGUUGAAAAUUUUAUACUGGAGAUGUUCGAUGGGUACAAUAACCAUGUUGCAGAAGGGACAGAUGUUCUAAUUCAUAUUGAUGGCUAUCGUAUCGAAGAGUGGAUGGGGGUCAACCGUAAGGUUGAUGGUCGUGGCUGCAUUGAUCUCUCCGGCAUUCUGAAAGUCACAGAAGGCUAUGGGAAAUUUGUAUCACUCUCUAUUAUGUCUGGUAAAGAAGAGAUCUUCAGGAAAGAGUCUCAAAUCGAGGAACGUGAGCUAAGACUUGUAACAGAGCUGCCCUUGUGCUGUGCUGCUGGUUCAAAUCUUGCAAACCUCGUCUUCAAAGUGACAGAUUCCGAUGGUUCUACGGACACUAGUAUCCAUCACGACGAAACAUCUGGGCGCUUCCAUACCAUGUGCAUUGAAUCAGAUUCAAGCAACAUUCAGAGUGCAGUAAGAUAUGCCUUUGUUCACGGGUCCUGCACAGUUCCUACUCUAUCCUUACCAGAGAAGGAUGGUGUCUUUUCUUUCAAGGCGUCUCAUUCUCGAUAUCCUGAGCUUCAUGUGAACUUAGAGAUUCCGCUAACGCCUGCGCCAACUUUUGAACGAGAGGAUAUUGGGUGUUCAACACCUUAUUCAAAGACAACAACACCACCUCAAUCAGGGAUGGCUUCAACCUCAAAUCCAAGGGUGACUCCAACUUUCAAUUCAGGGUUGGAACAAACCCCAUGUUCACAGUUUGGAGUUUUGUCUGUCAGAGCAUCGUCAUUGGCUCUCAGUAGUCAAACUGGCGUGAUUGUAACACACUACACUGAGAGUUUAAAUAAAAAAGUUCGUUCAUAUGGCGAACGCAAAGAGGAAGUAAGUAAGCGCCUCAAAUGUUUGGAGGCUGGACGGGAACAUGCUGAGCAAGAGUUGAGAACUUUGCAAGCUUCUCUGGAACCUAUCGCUGCGGCGUUCCCAGAAUGCCUAUCCACGAGAGAGUCAAGGAUGAAACAAAUAGAAGAGAAGCAUCAGGACACAGCAGCAUCGAUUUUCUGUUGUUUGUACAGAAAGGCUCCACCUCCACAGUCUCUGAUUCUGUCCAAGAGAGGAGUGUUUGGCAUUGUAGCCCUACUCGGUUCAGUUGCCUCGACCUCACUAAGCAGGGUAUUGUCUGUAUAUUUGGGGAAAGACAAUAUGCUUGCAUUGGUAUGCAAUUCAUCAGAAUUUGGGCUGAAUAGUUCUGAGCAUUCGAGGCUUCAAUCCGAAGCAGCUAGACUCAAGCGGACUAUAGCGGAUCGCUUUCUUAUUCUCUGUCUCGAGGCAUAUAGACCUUGGAGCGGUGGACUUGUCGAAAAUGAUCCACAGAAAAAGUUAGCCAUGGAGAACCCUUACCUAUCCAAUGGAGAUCCUAUACCGGGGUUUAAAGGUUACGCCGUAAACAUGAUUGAUCUGGCAUCAGAAGAGCUAAGCAUCCAAACAAACACAGGUUGCGGGAUUAGAGAGACACUUUUCUAUGGACUUUUUGGAGAUUUACAGGUAUACGAGACCGGAGAGCAUCUUCAAGCAGCCCUUUCUCACAUCAAUGGUGAAGCUGCUGUCUCUCUAGAUGGUGUGAUCUCAAAAGAAAACGGAUUCAUAUAUUGCGGAUCCUGCACACCGGAGAUUCAUUUUCCGAUAACAGUAACAGAGAGGCAAGAGAAGGCUCUUAUAAAGAUAGAGGUAACAAGAGACAGAAAGAGAAAGGCGGAGGAGAUGAUCGGUGAGGAGAAUGUUUCGCUGAAGAAGCUCGAGAAGAAGCUGAAGAAGACAACAGCAAAAUGCCAACGUUUUGCAGCUAUGACAGAACUAGCAAGAUAUGGACAGUAG